CGAAUUGGCGCAGUUGAAGGGGUUGUGGCAGACUUUUGUGGAAUCUCCAAAGGACAACCAGCUCAUUCUCAACGGGCUAAUCCACGAAUGUGACCGUUUGUUGAGAAACUACGCCACAGAAAACGAGGGAAAACAGCUCCCGGACUAUUUCCAUGCAAUCUACGCCGGCGCGCUUGCGGAUAUGACUAGGUUUUUGGAGGUUGAGAAGGAAAUCGACGAGUUUUUCACCACCGCCGAAGAGAGAAUUGAGACUGGCUUGGAGCAGUACCCUCAGUCCAUCAGCUUGUUGUUUGCACAGGCAAAGCUCUUGCUCAAUCGCAUACCGUUGGGCUAUGUCUCGCGCAUGGACUUGGAGUCCACUACCAAGGAAUUUCCAAAGGUUGCUACCUUGCUCGACAGAGCGUUGGAUGUGUAUGAAUCCGCGGAGAUGCAGGCUGAAAUCGCCAAAGACUUUUCCUGUUUUACCCAGGAAAACUUUGAGAUCUUAGAGACCUAUGACGACUUGUUGGACUUUAUUGACAACUUUGGCCGCAACACCGCCGACGGCUUGGACAGUGACGAAGAGAGUGGUGACGAGGAAGAAGUUGAGUUAUCCAAAAAGCAUCCUUUGAGAGGCAUCAAGGAGGAAGACAAGUACAACUUGUGGUGGAGAGAGCAUGUGGUGACGUUUUUGACCCACUUUGACGCAAAAAAGUCCAAGGAGGUCUCUGAUGUGGCGUUGCGUCGCGAGAUCUGUAAGCGUUUGGGCCAGUCUUACUUGAUGGAGGCCGAGGAGCCGUCCCAGAUCUUCACCGCUCUCACCUAUGAGAACAGCGAUGAAUACCCUGAUCUCGACGUCAAGGAGGUCCAGAAGGAUGUCAUCAAGCUUGUAGAGCAGGCCAUUGCGUAUUUGAAGCAGGCGGAGGACCCAGAAGUUCCACAGAGCUGGGUCGAUAUUGCUGAGGCCCAGAUCACCUUGGCGAACUUGCACGACAACGAGAGCGAGAUCCAAGAGGCGACCUACAAGUUGGCUGAGGAAAGAUUGGCCAAGGCGAAUAAGGCUACCCAUGGAAAGUAUGACGAUAUCAUGAAGAACUUGUUGGCUGGUGACAGCGACGAGGAGUAACUUAUAGGUUAGUUUUAAUUAUUGUAUUUAUGGGGUAGAGGUGUGAGAAUUGUCACGCAAUUGCAAGCGGAUCAAACGUGCACCUUGAAAACUAAUCUAGCUCAAGCCAUACCGACUAUUAAUCCCCCUUGGAAAUAAAGUUUUUCUGACUGGGUGUUUAUAUAACCAAUUUAUGGAUUAUAAAGAG